AUGUUGGCCUGGCGUCGUGGAAUGCCACAUCCAAACAUAUUCCAUGGCAUCCUGCUUUCUUACCGGGACAUCUACGCCGAGGCGGCUGCCCUACUGUACUCGGCCAACCGAUUCGUGCUUCACUACACAAUACCCGGAUCCCUCGAUUCCCUGCAUGCCCUAACUACACCGGCGCUGUCGUCCCUUACUGCUUUCAAGCUUGUGCUCAACCAGGCCUCCUGUCAUCUGCGAACCCCCACCACUCCGGCUCCCGAAUGGGAUGACGACGACCCCUUAAUGGCAGCGCAAGCCUUGCUAUGCGGCUGGCGCGCGGCUGUCCACCAUCUGUCCUCUUACAUCGGCCCGGGACGAUUGGAGCUCAGCCUGGUUUGCGACAUUGAUCCUCAGUACAAAGGGGCCGUCGACCUAGCCAACUCGGUACUUGAACCGCUUCGCCUUUUGCCGCCGCUGAGGAGCUGCCAUAUUCGACUCUGCAAGACGCGGGAUCCUCGGCUCCUCCGAUUAGCCGAGGAUGCCGCGUUGCAGGACUGUGGUAUCGCACGUCCGUAUCGAAAGCCGACCUCGAAAAGGGCCGUGUUGAUAACCCUCCCGCGUGAGCUCCGGCUCCGCAUCCUCGAGUUCACCGACCUUGUCACUCCAAGCAAGGAAGUCUGGUGGAGCCGGCAGCACUACAAAUAUGCGUGGGCGGACAUCGGAGCUCUCGGAUACUGUUUGGACGACAUGCGGUCCUGCCACUUCUUGGAGUGUUGGGCCGGGUUGUCUAUCGGCUGCUUUUGCCGUCGCCGCCACGCCGCCUUUUCGUCUACGUGCACAUGCUGGGUCCCGCCGGGACCAGAUCUGUUUCUCGUGUGCCACACCUUAUGUCAAGAUGCUCAGCUCGUCUUCUCGUCUAACCAUUUCAUCGUCUUCGAUUUGAACGUAUUCCCGUCUUGGGACUUACGUGACCGGAUCGAGGACAAAAACACUGAAAUCCUCACGAACCACUACCCAUAUGGGCGCCUCGCCGCCUCUCACUUCUUGCGGGACGUGAUCCCCGCCCGCUGCAUUGCCCACCUCCGCUUCCUUGAGCUACUCUUUCCCCCAUACCUUCCUCCGACCUGGCCGCAACCGGAUCACCCGGCAAUGCAAGACUGGCUGGAAACGGUCGGCUGGCUCCGGGAUAUGAUCAAUGGACCCGGACUUACUCUGCGACUGGUUGGGUCCGAGGUUGGCAUCAUGAGGCCGGAGGAACCCUAUACCGACACCAUCACGGCUGAAAAGAGAGCACUUAAACGAAGUGUCGAGCGUCGCGUUAUGGGCGACAGGUACGACAGUCUGCACGCAAACGGGACGCAGGAGCCGGCAAAAAGCCUCUGGCAGCAUGUGGAAGAUGCCCGCCCCCCCUAGAGCAAGGAAAUAAUGCUAGGUAACUUUUGUUUGCGGGACCCAGGAUAGAGCAAAUGCGGAAAUGUGGGUUACUAGUAGAGAAUCGAUGCAUUUUGUCGUUAUCGGCGUAUGUGUAAAGGACUCGGAACGGCUCAACCGAAAGGUGGCCGGCUAGAUCCUACUAGCUACAGGCACAGAUGCCCUAACUAGCAUACCUUAACAAUUGCUGCUGGAAGAGGCGCAAGAAAUACCUUGCACAGGUUGCAAGCUUAGGCAGAAGGCAAAAUAAUUUUUCAUGAAGAAG